GAACAAAACAAAGGUCCUUGCAAAGUUAAAGAUUGUGACAAUAAUAAUGUUACUCAAGUUAUUAAUGAUAAAUGGAAAAAUAUUACAAUUGAUAUUGCAAAUGAUGAAGUUAUUUUAAAUAAAGAUGAUUUUAUAAAAUUAAUUAAUAGAACAAAUCAAUUAGAAAUAUUUCAAGCAGAAAUCAAAAUUUAA